ACGAACGAACUGUUGGCGUUUGGUUUCUUUCAGAUAAAUAGGCUUAAAAACAAAUAUUUUAUCCUAAAUUCAUCACAAGCUUUAUAACAUUUUACUAAUCUAGUAAGAAACACAUCUAGAUCGUGAGUUCUAUUUGAAAUUUCAAGGUUUACAAGUUCAACAAUGACAGGACUAAAUGCAAUUACAAUAAUAGUGACAUUUAUGUGUUUGCUCAAUACUAUGGCAGCUUCGGUAAAGGCCUUUAACUGCACACCGCCCACCAUCUACAACAGAACAGCCUCGAUUGAAUGUUCAUCAGAGGCUGCAGACAAAAUGAAGGACUGCAAAUUUUACAUCAACACUCAUAAUCUUACAGUAAUUGAGAAUGCUACUGAAAUCAACACUACACUGCUGGAUGGAUUGUUCCAGAACAACUGUAGCCUCCAAAUUCCACUUUUGAAUCUAGGCCCUGGUCAGCACCAGAUUUCAGCCAGAAUGACGUUUGAUACAGCAGGUGGAGAAAUGGUGGACAUCAGCCCUGCUGUAGAAAUAGAUCUAAAAUCUACACUGGAAAAUGUAGUUUGUGACAUAAUCUUUUAUUACACGUUAUAUGGACACAUAGUUGUGUGCAGCGCUGAUAUGGUGUAUUUAGAUAUCAACUGUGAAUUUAAUAUCACAAUGCGGGGUGCAAAGUAUCAUAACCCAGGCAGUGUGUCCUACUCCAGUGACAUAUAUAUAGAAGAUAACACUCAGGUCUACAAGGACAGGUGCACGCUGUAUUUUCUUUGGCAAUCCUACUCUGUAAACAUGGAAAUCAUGAAUGGCUCUGACAUUAUUGAGAUUAAAAACAGCUCAUUUAGCACCAAUGAAAUAGCCUUUGAUCCUGUCUGUGAGUCUGAGAUGUCCAAGUCCAUAUAUCCUGGUGACACUAGAACCUGCAAAUGUAACUUCAGUGUACUUGGCAAAGGUUUAGAUGAGUUUAGUUUGGAGGAACUCAUCACAAAUUUGAUAGAUUAUGUUCCAGGGAACCCAGAUACAGCACUAAGUAUUUCGUUAGAAGAUAUUAAAAACCAUAAAACUUUAUUCUGUGGUCCAGUGACUCGCACGGGCAGGUCAAAAAUAUUUGUAGCAUAUUACCCUGCUCUUCGUGAGCCACCAAAAAUAACAUACUUCCAUGCAUUUAACCAAAACAAUGAUAUGGCAGGAGAUGGCGGAAACACUGAUCUGGUGGUAGACCUGUACUCAAACGUUUUAUUUACCUGCUCUGCUACAGGAAUUCCACCACCUGACCUUGAACUGAUACAGAAUGAUUAUUAUGGUAAAAAGCGUACUUUAAAAUCCAGUGAUCAAAUAUCAUAUGUCAAGAAAAUGACAGACUGCAGAGAAGCUGGACAAUAUUCAUGUGAAACCAACACGGAUUUUUUUAAAACGACUGCCACCAAAUCCAUUAACGUAUACAUACGAUGUGAGUUUUGA